UGAAAAAGAAGUUGUUAUCAACAAAAAACAAUUGCAUUAUUUUGCCGGUCAAAAUUCUACUAAUUAAUUGUAAAUUGUUGUUCAAAAAUGUCGACUUUAAAGUGUCCAGAUGAAGUUUUACACUUUCCCAAUCACAUGAGUAUUGAGAUCAACUAUCGGAAUGCCAUAACCUAUUACAAAUGUAAACAGUAUGAUGAGAAAGUAAUGAAUCAAGGCUUUAUUUGGCAUCAAAUUGUUGUACAACAUUAUGGUAAACUUAUGGGUAUAGAGGGUAAGUAUGCCAUACUGGAGGCCAUAUUUGCAGCAGUAGAGGGUGAAGAAUUUUAUCCUGUAGCCUAUAGACGUGGCAAUAAAGAAGACCGUUUUUUGGUACGACAAUGUCAACCAGCAAUGGAUAAACUAUUUGCCCGGAACUUGUGUCUACAUCUACCCAAAGGUGUUGUUAUUCAUUUGAAGGUACAAUUGAAUGUGGGUGAAUUUAAAUAUGGUCAAGUUUCUCCCAUAAGUCAGGUGACUAAAGCUUUAAAUGCUUUGUACGGUCGCAUGGAACAUCGUAAUGGUGAAGAUGGUAUUUUAAAUUUAUCAUUAUUUGCACAAAAUCCUGACUUUUAUGAUGUUGUUGUCAAUCUAAGUAAUCGUGGUGUUUUGGAGCGUGUUUGUGAUUUAAUUUAUCGCAAUGAUGAACAAUUUCGCACUAUUAAUGGUAUUAUUUUAAGUAGUAAUGAAAUAAAUACCUUGGCUCCAUUAAAGCUGUUUAGUGGCGUACAAUUUGCCUUACUUGAUUUAAGUGAUAAUUUGUUACGAUCACCCAGUCGUACAUGUCGUGAUUUGGAACCUUUAAAAGCUGACGAAUUAAUGCUUCAAGGUAAUCCGCUAACAAAGGCAGUUACAUAUCCGGAAUGUUUAAGACCGGUAUUGAAAAACUUUAAAAAAAUUGAUGGUAUACCCUCCGAAAAUCUCUCCAGUGAUUAUACACCACUAGAUAAUCUAAUGCAAACAGAGUCUGAAGGUUAUCGCAUUGAUUGGUCUAAUAAAACAGAUCUAAAUAAAUUCGAAAAUAGUACAGAUUGGCAUGCUUUUAUGAUUCCCGAUGAAACACAUCAAUUUUCUAAGGAGGAAAUAUUUGAUUAUUUUUUCCUUACAAUUUCCAGUAACUUAAGUGAUAUUUAUCCUUGUUAUUAUAAGUUUAACUCUGGAGAGCAUCAGUUUUUGGUGCGCAAUUGUUUUUCUCAAAUCAAACACUUGGUUGAUACUUGUAAUUUGGAAAUAAAAAUACCAAGACUCGAAGCACCACCGCCACCAACAAAUACUACCACAGAUUUCACACCACAAUUGCAUAUGGAUAAAACGGUAGUGUAUUAUCUAAUGAUGAAUAUAAGUCCAUUUAAAAAGGGUCAACUAGAGCCUAUGGAAUGUAUAGAAAAAGCUCUUAACAGACGUUUCAGUGCCAUGGAUCGUAUGCUAGAUUUAAAUAAUUUUCAAAAUAUAGAAGGUUUGGAAAACAUUGUUAUAAAUCUUAGUUCUCCUAAGAUUUUAACUCGUGUUCUAAUGCAAGCUUCACGUAAAUUUCUCUCUACUUGCAUUGAACUACGUUUGGCGCAUAAUAAGAUAUUAAGUGCUAAUUUUUCUAAAGUUUUGGCCAUGAUGAGUAAUUUAAAAGCCAUAGAUUUGGGUAAUAAUUGGAUACAUGAUUUAUAUGACAUCAAAGAUAUAGGGGUAUUGGGUAUUAGAUCUUUAAGAUUAGACGGCAAUCCUUUAUGUUCCAAGUAUUGUUUUGCGGGUGAAUAUAUCAAAACGGUUAAAAAAUAUUUUCCAGAAUUGAAAGUUUUGGAUAAUGUGGAAAUCACUGCCAAAGGCAAUUUAACUUCUCAAAAAAAUUUUCUAUGUGAUACAGCUGGCUAUGAUUUUGUUAAUGAAUUUGUAACACGUUAUUUUCAAACAUAUGAAAACGAUCGUGUUUAUUUAAAAGAUCUUUAUCAUCCUAAGUCUGUACUAACUUUAACUUGCAACUACAAUUUGGCCAAGUUACCAGCACAAAAUAGUAAACGUAUUUUGAAAUAUUUAAAUGUUUCACGCAACAUUCUUAAAAUUGAAUUUAAUCGUGCUUAUACAUCGAUGUAUUUUGGUCCUAGUGAAAUUAUACGAGUACUUAUGGAACUUCCAGGAACUACACAUGAUAUGCUGACAUUUAGCACUGAUUGUAUGGUGCAUAAUGAAAACAUGAUUGUUAUUACCGUUAAUGGUGUGUACUUGGAUCAGGCCCCUAGCAUAAUGGAAACCGAUAUAUUAAUGGGAUUUUCACGUACUUUCAUACUAAAGCCAGUGAAACGUAAUGCGGGUCCUCUCAAAAUGAUUACAAAUUAUCAAAUAAUAAAUGAUCAGCUUAAUGUCUUUACACCAACAGCUACACAAACAAAAAUCGCAUUCAAAUAUUUCAAAAGUGAAGAUAAAUCGAACAAAGAUGAAUUAACAUUGAAUGAUAAGGAAGCUUUGUUGGUUAUGUUUCAAGAGGCAACUAGUUUAAAGUCUAUAUGGUGUACAAGAUGUUUAGAUGAAGCUAAUUGGAAUUUCGAAAACGCUUUGGAGAUAUUUUUACAGUUGUCUGAGAAGAAAGAAAUACCAGAUACCGCUUUUAAUUGAUUUACAUAUUUAACUUCUUAAUUUGCUAUUUUAAAGGUAAUUUACAAUAUUAUAAUUUAAAAAAAAAACUUAUAGAAUGUUUAUCUCCUUCAAAGAUUUCUAAUGAAAUAAAUCAAUUUCAAUGACGUA